GCUUCCCUGCCAUUCCCGUCCUCCAUCCAAACAAUCUCCGAAGAUCUAAUAGAACCCAUAGAAACUUCUCCCAUUUCUCUCUCCUCGGCCCCGCGGCAGCGAACCCUUAUCAGUCGCUCUCGGUGGCUCGGAGCAGCGAUGCGCACCGCCUGCCUCCGCCCCAUCAUUCGUAUAAAACCCUCCCAUCCGCUUGCCUCCUCCAGCCACUGCUAGACGACCCAUCUCCUCCCCGCCGGCACCGGCCGCCGCGCCCGCCCCCCACGGCCCCGCCCGCGCCGUGGCAUGAGAAGAUGGCCGCGUGCUCCAGGGGCCUCGCCUGGCCGCCGUUCGAUCUGACCACGGCGAGGGGGGCGGCGCCCUGGCCGCACCGCCCCGCGCCGCGCCGCCGCGCCGCGAUCCGGUGCUGCUGCGCCGGGCCCGACCACGAGCCGCGGAGGCGCCUCUCCAGGGCGGCCGCGGCCGCGCCCGAGCGCGCCGAGGAGUGGCGCGUCGAUGGGAACAAGCCCUCCGCCGCCGCACCGGGCCGGCGGCGCGCCAACCUCACCGCCAUGCCUCCGCUCCCCUUCCCUGCACCUCGUUCUAGAAGGCAGUUCAAGCAACAGGAUUUCUAUCCGAGGUGCACGCAGAGGGGACCGGCGCCUCAGUCACGGGACACCCCGCCCAAGAGAGACACUGGUAUUGCUAGUGAGAAGGAAUGGGGGAUCAAUUUGCUGGAUGAAGCAGUCAAGGAGUCCGGAACAAAUGAAGAUGGAAGCACUUGGUACAGGGAGAGUGGAGAGGAUCCUGGCGAGAAUGGGUUCCGGUGCCGAUGGGCAAGAAUGGGAGGACAGAGCCAUGAUGGUUCCACUGAAUGGAAAGAGACUUGGUGGGAGAAAAGUGACUGGACUGGAUAUAAGGAACUAGGUGCUGAGAAAUCUGGGAAGAAUGCUGAAGGUGACUCUUGGUGGGAGAAAUGGAAAGAAGUUCUGUACCAAGAUGAGUGGAGCAAUCUUGCAAGAAUAGAGAGAAGUGCUGAAAAACAAGCGAAGUCAGGUGCAGAAAAUGCUGGGUGGUAUGAGAAAUGGUGGGAGAAAUAUGAUGCCAAAGGUUGGACAGAAAAAGGUGCCCACAAAUAUGGAAGGUUAAACGAACAGUCUUGGUGGGAGAGGUGGGGUGAACAUUAUGAUGGCCGUGGAUUUGUAUUGAAAUGGACGGAUAAGUGGGCAGAGACAGACUUAGGCACCAAAUGGGGGGACAAGUGGGAAGAAAAGUUCUUUGCAGGAAUUGGUUCUCGACAAGGGGAGACAUGGCAUGUAUCUCCUGGCGGUGAACGCUGGUCAAGAACUUGGGGAGAAGAACACUUUGGUAAUGGAAAAGUACACAAGUAUGGGAAGAGCACUACUGGCGAGAGCUGGGAUUUGGUAGUCGAUGAGGAGACAUACUACGAGGCUGAGCCUCAUUAUGGAUGGGCCGAUGUCGUUGGGGACUCGACCCAGUUAUUGUCCAUACAACCUCUUGAGAGGCCACCAGGAGUAUUCCCGAAUAUCGACUUCAGCUCUGCACCCCCACCAAAGGAUGAUCCACCCGGCAUGCCUCCUUCCACCCCUCUUGAGAAGUUGAUCGACCCCAUUCCUGCCUCCAUUGCCGGCUUAACCCCCUGGCUUGAGCUGCCGGGCAACUUCCAUCACUCCUCCCGCGUCAACACACCGGUCAAACCUCCCCGCCCUCCCAAACCUUUCCCCUCGCCGGAGCCGGCCACGAUGCUGUCCCUCGCCGCCCGCCUCGCCGUACCGGCCGCCGCGCUGCUGUUCCUCCUGGCGGCGCCCGCCUGGGCCACCAACUUCACCUGCGCCUCGCCGGGCACCACCUGCCGGUCCGCCAUCGGCUACGCAGUGCCCAACGCCACCACCUACGCGGGGCUCGCCGCCCGCUUCAACGCCACCACGACGCUCGCCGAGCUCCUCGGCGCCAACGGCCUCCCCGCCGACACGUCCCCCUCCGCGCCCGUCGCGGCCAAGGCCACCGUCCGCGUCCCCUUCCGCUGCCGCUGCGGGAGCGACGGGGUGGCCCGCUCCGACGGCGGGCCCGUCUACGUGGUGCAGCCGCAGGACGGGUUGGACCACAUCGCGCGCGACGUCUUCGGCGCCUUCGUCACCUUCCAGGAGAUCGCCACCGCCAACGACAUCAAGGACGUCAACGUCAUCUACCCCGGCCAGAAGCUGCGGAUCCCGCUGCCCUGCACCUGCGACCCGGUGGACGGCGCCACCGUCAUGCACUUCGCAUACAGCGUCGCCAAGGGGGACGAGACGUCCGGCAUCGCCGCCAGGUUCGGGGUGAACGAGCGCACGCUGCUGACUCUGAACAAGAUCGCCGACCCCAAGGACCUGAAGCAGGAGCAGAUUCUGGAUGUCCCCCUCCCUGUUUGCCAUUCAUCGAUCAGCAACACCUCGGCUGAUUACAAUCUGCUCGUCCCGAACGGCAGCUACGCGCUCACCGCCGGAGACUGCAUGCGGUGCAGCUGCAGUGCAAACAACUACGAGCAGCUAGACUGCUCUGCAGUUCAUCGCAGCGGGUGCCCGGCCGUGCCGUCCUGCGAUGGAGGCCUGAAGCUUGGGCAGACGACGAACGGCACCGGCUGCGAGGCCAAGAUUUGUGCGUACAGCGGCUACUCCAACACCACGUCGUCGCUCAGCAUACACACCGCUCUUGUAACUGCGAACCAGACAGCGUGCGACCAGAAGGGAGGAGCAGCGAGAACGGAGUUUGCCGGGUCCAUGUGGAGAAUGUCCGUGAUCUCCUUCCACAUGGUGUUGAUCCUGAUAUGCUUCCUUUGAUGCUGUAGAGGUGAGCUCUAAGAUGGUAUACGGUGUGCGUCACGGUGACAUUGUUGUUUAACUUGCCAAUAUGUUAACUCGUCUGGUUUAUCCAGAUUUUGUUGGUGAUUGGUGUAGAUGUUUGAAUAAAGCAAAGCUGAGCUUGCAUCCGGAAGUGAUUACAUACUAA